UUAACCCCGGACAGAGAUCAGAUGCUGCAGUCGACAGGGGACCCGGGACAGAUGCGGGGCCAGGCUUCUUCGGCGCUUGAAGACUGCUGGUGCAGCGACCGGCAAGGAGCUGGUCGGGGACCCCCGCUGUCCGCUCUACAGGGGUCAUGCCCUGCGGGCAAAGGGAAUCAAACAUAAAGCACAAGUCACGCGCCCUUAGGUCUGGAGCACGCUUUGCUCCGGCAAGAGGGGAGUGGGGGGGCAGGUGCUGGUCUCUCUGACUGUUAUUGUGUACGCACUAGUGUUUCUCUAGUCAGGAAUUGAUUCCUCCUUUCCGUGAGCCUGCUCCGAGCCUGUGUCCGGGGAGUGACAUGCAAAGCAGAGACAGGGCUGUGAGACAGCUUUUAGGAUCGCCCUGGCAUGAGGACAGGGCACCCCACGUCACCCUGGCUCCGCGCUUUUUCUCACUAGAGCACAGAGGUAUUGACAGCCAGGCUUUUACACGGCUCUAGUUGAAGUCUAGUCUAAUACAUAUAACUCGUACAAUCGGGCUCCUUAUUUGCCGCGUAUGGGAGGCGGUGCCCACUGCGGAAGGAACUUUCCUCCCAAAACAAAUAUUUAUUUCCAGAUGCCUUUAAUUGGCACUUUGAAGUAGUGCAAGCGCCGAAAUCAUGCCUCGAGGUGUAAACCAACCCCCGAUCGCCCACCCACCUUCCUGACAACUGGACCACUUGUUGCGUGAAGCUGUGUUGUUUUGAGAGCAGGGUGAUCUCAAGGCACUGGCAGACUCCGACUUUGUACGGUGACGAUUGCUCUGCUCCGCGUAAUAAAACAUUCUCUCAAACGUACCUUGAGACUGUGACUACGGUGCUUACAGGCGCUGCUGUUUGUUUUUUGAAGAAAGGGGGUUCCUCAUUUUUAGCAUGCAGCAAAUGUCUCACAAGGAAGGGGAAAUAUCUGUAUCUAGCAGUGCAUACAAGUAGCUAUGUCCGUAUGCAAGAAAAUUCCCCAUACGGCACUGUGGUGUAGACACAACUUAACACACCCCACGCAGACUGAGCAACACACGCUAUUACAGAGUCCGCCUGUGUGCAGAGAGAUCCCGUAAGGUGUUUGACUCGGCGUGGGGGGCUCUAGUUCUUUGUUUACUGUCUUGCACAUCUAGGGGGUGUACGUGCGGGGGAGGGGGGAUCGCACCUAUUUUGGAAAAGCUGUAACAAGGUGAACCGAGGGAGCUUGUUCCCACCUUAAAAUCUGCACUCUUAGUGAUGUCACGUCGGAAAUUUACCAAAGCAAGAACUGGCCAACUGUGCAGAGAGAUCCAGCCCCUCGAAUGGCUGAUUGGGCGGGCAGCACUGACGUGCACUGACGCUUGGAGACUUUAGGUGCAUGUUGGCUGUGGAAUACGGAGCCCACAUAAACAAAGGCACAUUGGAGGGAAGGGCCAGUCUGUCCGGCUUGCUCGCACUGAGCUUCAAUAGUACUGUACUUCCCAACAGAGACUAAUUAGCAAGUGCUCCGUCAUCGGUUGCUUUAUCCGCCGAUCUGCCCCUGGGAAACUGUUGUUCAGACGGUUGAAUGAAUGAAAAAGACAUUGCUAACAAAGAACGCACGGGGCAGUCUGCGGUCCUCAGUGAUUUUCUAAAACCUUGGAAACUUUGUCUCCAUUGAAUACCGACACUGUCCACCUUUAAUUCCCUCGAAAACGCCUGUAACUCGGCUGAAGCCAUGCCCUGUGUUCAGGCUCAGUAUGGGUCAUCGCCUCAAGGAGCCAGCCCAGCUUCCCAGAGCUACAGUUACCACUCUUCAGGAGAAUACAGCUCCGAUUUCUUAACUCCAGAGUUUGUCAAGUUUAGCAUGGACCUCACCAACACUGAAAUCACUGCCACCACUUCUCUCCCCAGCUUCAGUACCUUUAUGGACAACUACAGCACAAGCUACGACGUGAAGCCACCUUGCUUGUACCAAAUGCCCCUCUCCGGACAGCAGUCCUCUAUUAAAGUGGAAGAUAUUCCGAUGCACAGCUACCAGCAACACAACCACCUCCCCCCUCAGUCGGAGGAGAUGAUGCCUCACUCAGGCUCCGUUUACUACAAGCCUUCGUCGCCCCCGACUCCCACCACCCCCGGCUUCCAGGUGCAGCACAGCCCCAUGUGGGACGACCCUGGCUCCCUCCACAACUUCCACCAGAAUUACGUGGCCACCACCCACAUGAUCGAGCAGAGGAAAACCCCCGUGUCCAGGCUCUCCUUAUUCUCUUUUAAGCAAUCGCCCCCAGGGACCCCGGUGUCCAGCUGCCAGAUGCGCUUUGACGGGCCCCUCCACGUGCCCAUGAACCCCGAGCCAUCCGGGGCCCACCACGUAGUAGAUGGCCAGACAUUUGCAGUGCCCAAUCCCAUCCGCAAACAGGCCUCCAUGGGCUUCCCCGGGCUGCAGAUCGGCCACGCUUCCCAGCUGCUGGACACCCAGGUGCCAUCCCCUCCUGCCCGGGGGUCUCCAUCCAACGAGGGCCUCUGUGCAGUGUGCGGGGACAACGCGGCUUGUCAGCACUAUGGCGUGCGCACUUGCGAGGGCUGCAAAGGGUUCUUCAAGCGCACUGUCCAGAAAAACGCGAAAUACGUGUGCUUAGCAAAUAAAAACUGCCCGGUGGACAAACGCCGCCGAAAUCGCUGUCAGUAUUGUCGGUUUCAAAAGUGCCUUGCAGUUGGCAUGGUCAAAGAAGUGGUUCGCACAGACAGUUUAAAAGGCCGAAGGGGUCGCUUGCCAUCCAAACCGAAGAGCCCCCAGGAGCCCUCUCCCCCUUCUCCCCCGGUGAGUCUGAUCAGUGCCCUGGUGAGAGCCCAUGUCGACUCCAACCCGGCUAUGAGCAGCCUGGACUAUUCCAGGUUCCAAGCGAACCCUGACUACCAGAUGAAUGGAGAUGACACUCAGCAUAUCCAGCAGUUUUAUGAUCUCUUGACCGGCUCCAUGGAGAUCAUCCGAGGGUGGGCAGAAAAAAUCCCUGGUUUCACUGACCUCCCUAAACCAGACCAGGACCUCCUCUUCGAAUCCGCUUUCUUGGAACUGUUUGUGCUCCGGCUAGCAUACAGGUCCAGCCCAGUGGAGGGCAAGCUUAUCUUUUGCAAUGGGGUGGUCCUACACAGGUUGCAAUGUGUCCGGGGCUUUGGAGAAUGGAUUGAUUCCAUUGUCGAAUUCUCCUCCAACUUGCAAAAUAUGAACAUUGACAUAUCUGCCUUCUCCUGCAUCGCUGCUCUGGCUAUGGUAACAGAGAGGCAUGGGCUAAAGGAACCCAAGAGGGUGGAAGAACUUCAGAACAAGAUUGUAAAUUGUCUCAAAGAUCAUGUGACUUUCAACAAUGGAGGUUUGAAUCGCCCCAAUUAUUUGUCCAAACUCUUAGGGAAACUCCCUGAACUUCGUACCCUUUGCACGCAGGGGCUGCAACGCAUUUUCUACCUGAAACUAGAAGAUUUGGUGCCACCUCCAGCAAUAAUCGACAAACUUUUCUUGGACACAUUACCUUUUUAAGACUCUUCCCAUGCACUUGAAGUGAACUUUAAAGAAAAUAAACUCUAUCUGUCUGAAGGGGAAUUCACCUGUGCGCAAAGUAGCACCUUUGAGUGCCACAUUCCCAUCCCCAAAACUGUUGCUAACCUCCUGAAGACAGAAAGUGAAUGGGCAUUUUGUCUCUGGAGCAUCAAGGAUUCAGAUGAUGGACAACUUAAAUACCAUGGUAUAAGCUUUUUAUUAUCGGCUCAAAAUAUUAUUAAGAAGGACUUCUGAUUAAAAAGACGAUCAUAUUUUGCAACGCUGGGCUAAGACUCAUAUGAUGACAAAGAAUUAAGGUGACCCACAAGUCUCACCCUCUUAAAGACUAAAGUUUUCUGAUGUAGAAGAAAGCUGUAAUAUAUAGUAAAAACUAAAUGUUUCGUGGGUGGCAUGAAAUUUAAAGAAGGCAAAGGCUUGUAAAUUUAUCAGAUGCAGUUUGGCUUUUUAAAUUAUUCUGUGCCUAUUUAUGAAUAAAUAUUAAAAUCAAUUCUAAAAAAGAUAGAUGUGUUCGCAAAACAAAAGAGAAUUAAGUAACUCAAUGAAAAGGGAAAGCAUGAUGAUUCUAGGAAGACAAUGUUAUAGGCACUUGCUAAUUCAGUAAUGUCUAUAUUCUAUAAAUAGUAUUUCAGACACUAUGUAGUCUGUUAGAUUUUAUAAAGAUUGGUAGUUAUCUAAGCUUCAAACAUUUCUCAAUUGUAAAAUAGGUGGGCACAAGUAUUACAAAACCGAAAUCUUGGACAAUGGGGCAUAUAGUGUUUGUAAACACCGUCCAACAUUCCUUGUUUGUAAGUGUUGUAUGUACUGUUGAUGUUGAUUAAAAAAAGUUUAUAUCUCGAUUAUUUUGUUGUCUAAAGCUAAACAAAUUUUGCAUGCAGCAGCUUUUGACUGUUUCCAGAGUGCUUAUAAUAUACAUAACUCCCUGGAAAUUACUGAGCACUUUGAAAUUUUUGUUUUGUUUUUUAUGUCUAAAAUUGUCAGUUAAUAUAUUUUAUGUUUGAGUAAUAUUUUGAAUAUUGCCAUAUCCUGUAGUAUUUUUCUUUGUAUAUUUCCAGUAUGGCACAUUCUACAAGUCACUGCCUUUUUUUCUAUGGUGUAUGACAGUUAGAGACGCUGACUUUUUUUUCCCCUGAAACUCUUUCUUUGAGAGAGACAAUUUUAAUGUUUACAACAAUAAAACCAUGUAAACGAAUAAAAUUUCGUCUUUCUGUCUAAGCGAGAAGUACCAAUACCAAAAUCCAUUGCAGAUAAAGAAAAGUGACUGUGACGAUGUAGUAAUAAAAAUGAAAAG